AGGGGCGGAGCCACGCGGGAGUUCGCCGCCGCGGGACGUCAGGCUCGGCUGGGCCACCGGACAGCGCCUCCCGCUCUCCCGGGUUCGCUGCUGCUCGGAGCCGGCGGCGGCGGCGGGCGGAGGGCGGCAUGCGCGUGUGAGAUGCGGCGGCGGGCAGCCGGGACGCGAGCCGCGGCGGAGCAGGCGGGCGAGGCCUCCUCAGAGCGGGGCGCGCGGUGCAUGAGGGCGAGCACGCGGGCGCCGGGCAGCCGCCGGCCACGCCGCCUCCAUAAACACUUGUUUAGGACUCGUUCGCCUCGCUGAGGCCCCGGCGCCGCCAUGGAGGCCCCGCCGGACCCCGCGCCCCUGGCCGCCGCCCCGGCCCCGGCCCCGCUGCGCGCCCCGCAGGUGGCGCGGCUCCGCGAGGAGCAGGAAAAGGUGGUCGCGCGCUGCCGGGAGAGCAUCCAGCACUGGAAGAAGGUGGACGAGGACUACCGCGCCCUGCAGGAGAGGCUCGGCGCGCUGCCGGACAAGCUGUCCUACAGCGUCAUGGUGCCGUUGGGCCCCUGUGCCUUCAUGCCGGGACAACUCGUCCACACGAACGAAGUCACCGUUCUGCUCGGGGACAACUGGUUCGCAAAGUGUUCGGCAAAGCAGGCCGUGGGCCUGGCCGAGCACCGGAAAGCACACGUGAGGAGGACGAUAGACGAUCUAAAGAAGGUGAUGAAAAGUUUUGAGUCCAGAGUGGAAUUUACAGAAGAUUUGCAGAAAAUGAGCGAUGCUGCCGGCGACAUCGUCGACAUAAGAGAAGAAGUUAACAGUGACUUCGAAUUUAAAGCAAAACACCGCAUCGCUCACAAACCUCACUCCAAGCCCAAAACCUCAGGUAGUUUCGAAGCAGAGUUUCCUGAUGGCACGAAGGCCCAGGCCCUGCUGGCGGACGAGGCGCUGUGGGCGCGGCUGGAGGAGCUGGAGCGGCGCGAGGCGCUGCUGGGCGAGCUGGACAGCAAGCCUGACACCGUGAUUGCCAAUGGACAGGACGCCACAUCUUCCGAAGAGGAGGAGGCGGAGGAGCAGAGCCGAGCCUCGGACGGGCCGCACCCGGGGGCCGCAGCUCCCGGCCACUGUGACGGGGACGUGGCAGACCCCGGACUGCUCAGCGGUCGAGUGAACGGUCACGCCCACUGCUCAGUGAAUGGGUCGCACUCUUACCACAGUGACGAGGACGAGGAUGAGGAUGAGGAUGAUAGCGAGGAAAGUGAACCUGCCCACCACGCUGUAGGGGCCGGACACAGUUCCGUACCAACGAUAUAUUUUUCUCACACCGUGGAGCCGAAGAGGGUCCGAAUCAAUACUGGAAAGAACACCACUUUGAAGUUCAGUGAGAAGAAGGAGGAAGCCAAGCGGAAGCGGAAGAACAGCUGUGGCGGCGGCCACGCCACCCCCGAGCUGCCCACCAUCAGGACCCCGGCGGACAUCUACAGGGUCUUCGUGGACGUCGUGAACGGGGAGUACGUGCCCCGGAAGUCCAUCCUGAAGUCACGCAGCCGGGAGAACAGCGUCUGCAGCGACACCAGCGAGAGCAGCGCCGCCGACCCGGAGGAGCGCCGCGGGCUACUGCGGGGCCUCAGCUGGGAGGAGGCGGCGUGCAGCGACGCCGGCGAGAGCAUCCCGGAGGAGGAGCAGGAGGGCCAGCCGCGGGGCGCGGUGCCCCCCCUGGCGGGGCCGCCCGAGGUGCAGGCCUUCUCUGGAACCGUGGUAGAAAAGGACGUGCUGUCGCCCUGCGCAGCCCCUCGCCCGGCCGGGGCGCACCCGCUGCUGCCCCCCAUUCCCGAGCGGAAGGAACUUCUGUCGGAGGCCUCAGAAGAAGUCACGAAGAGGGUUUCCAAGUUCAGAGCUGCCAGGUUGCAGCAGAAGAACUAGGCCCUGCCCGGGAGAGGGGAGCCGGAGCCCAGCCCGGCGUCCGU